AUGUCCGAUCAGAUGUGGGCGCGGAUCGUGAACACCACCUGGAACGAGUACGGACUGCAGCUGGAUGCACGAUGUCGCGUUGAGCCCCCGCCGGACAUGUCGUUCACACUGCCGAUACUGCUCAUUCUCGUCGUCUACACUGUUGUAUUCAUCAUUGCCCUCGUCGGCAAUGGGACAAUGUUUCUUAUUCUAUGCAGGAAUCAACUAGUGAAGGUGCGACGCGUCCAUUCAUUGUUGUUGCAUAUGAACAUUGCCCACCUGAUGGUCACCUUCUUUUAUAUGCCGAAAGAAGUCCUGCACAACUAUAUGAUUGCCUGGAAUGGAGGCGAUUUUCUGUGCCGUACGUGCAAAUUCUUCGACGUGUUCGGCAUCGCCCUUUCGGCCAACGUGCUGAUCUGCAUUUCGCUGGAUCGAUUCUAUUCCAUUUUCUUCCCAUUAUACGCGAUGAAAGCGAGGAGAUCUGUGCAACAAAUGGUGGUGAUCGCUUGGAUUGUAUCAUUUGUCACCAGUGCACCACAGUUCUACCUCUUCCGAACCACUUCUCACCCCUGCUAUCCGUGGUUUUCGCAAUGCGUGGCCCGCAACUUCAUCAAGGAAAUCCCGAAUGUCGUCGUCUACUGGUACUCUAUCGUCAAUAUUAUCCAGGUCUACUUCGCGCCUCUACUCGUGACUGUCGUCUGCUACUCGUUGAUAUUGUGGAAAAUAUCACAUAAGAAUUGCGGCAAAAAUGAAAACGAAAAGGGCGGACUGCUGCGCCGAAAUGGCGGCGACAAUCUGCAACGUGCACGCUCCAGGACUCUACGGAUGACUUUCGUGGUCGUCUCGGCUUUUUUGUUCUGUUGGACCCCGUAUGCCGUCAUCAUGUUCCUCCACUUCACCACCAACAAACACUGGAUCCCGAAGGAGGUUCGCAAAUUCAUCUACGCAUUCGCCGUGUUCAACUCGGCGCUGUCGCCCUACCUCUACGGCUAUUUUUCAUUCGACCUGAAAAAGGAAAUCAAACUUUUGCUGAAUUGCUCGACUCGGAAUGCCGUCUCUGAGCGUUUCAUCUCGUACUCGUCCACUCUUCACACCGGCGGUUCCAGGGUGCGCAACAGCACGCGGAUGCGGAAGCGCAGUCAAUCCGCCCAAAACAUCAGUCAAGAGGGCAUCCCAAUCGCCCUUUUGGCCACCGAUCAUGCUGACGACGUGUUGAAGCGCAGUGGACUUGGCUCGUACAGCGAUCUCUUCCGGCCAUUCUCGGAUGUGUCGUUUUCGCUACGGGAUCCUUUCGGCAAUCCACCGACCCCUGGGAAAGCUUCUCUUGACUUUCGUGAUUUGAGAAAGCAAGGUUAUCUACUGUCUUUGACGGUUCUGCCCCCGACGAUCCAUGAGGCUCUACUUAAAUGCACAACAUUGGAAGAAAGCGAGCAGAAAUUCGAGCGUUAUUUUUCUCGUUUCGUGGAACCGUGCGAGUAUGAAACGUUUCGCACAUACCUGGCCUGUGUAUUCGUCGUCAGCGCUGCUGAAGACCAGCCGAUGGGCGAGCUCAGCAAAUUGAUACAACUACAGCACACCCAACAGCAUGGCUCGGGCUCUGAAGGCAAUUUGCUGGCCCCUUCCCAUUGUGCGCCGCCGAAAUGGAGGACGCCAAAUACUUUGAAGCAUUACCUCCUCGUACACGAUUCCCGGAAAGACGAUGAAGCAAGAACCCAGGAUAUCUAUAAGCAAAUGUGUGCCACAUAUGGAGCUGAUUCUUGCCAAUUACUUCGAAUAGGAAACGGCGACGGCAGCGGAUUAAUUGAUGUUUGGCGGGAGGCUAGCGAAGAAGCGGAAAUUCUGAGUCGAGGACUGGCCCGUGCGAGGAAUGCGCUGUUGACGAAGGGAGCUGAGGAAAAGAAAAACCAGCCGACGGUGAUUUCAACGAUUUCCCCGGGCUAUAUUCUACCCGAAACGAGGUCGGACGACUCGCUGGUCUCCCCUGCUCCUUUUCAACCAGCUAUUCAGCCUAACGUCUCUACCGCCGAUCGCGAGGCGACAGCAAAGAUGCUCCAAGAGUUCACGGAUCGAAACCUUAUACCUUUUGUCGAGCGAUUGAUGCGUCAGUUGAAUGAGGCUAUAGGUCAGAGACGCGGUAUCCCUCGAAGUAUCACGGCCAAUAUGAAGAAAUGGUUUGCCGCUCCUGCUGCAACGAAUACCGCUAGCACUUCGUAUACCAAUGAAAGCGUGGAAAUGCAAAGCCGUCGACUCGCCGAUUUGCUGUUUGAAUUCGGCCUGUACGAGAAGGCGCAUGCUCAAUAUCAGUCUGUCAAGAAGGAUUUUGCCGGCGAUAAUGCCUGGUUGCACAACGCUGCCGCGCUGGACAUGUCGGCAUACUCCUAUUUUCUCUCCAAUCCAUCAAUGCCGACAAAGGGAUUCCCCGUACACUACUUCGAGAAUGCCAUUGGACACUUUUUAACGAACAGCGCAACUGUCUCCUACACAUGUGCCCUUCGCUGUGCUUUGCAGGCGGUCGAAGUUUUGCAGAAACUGGAAAUGAACGUCCAGGCGGCCCUUCUACUGUCGCGGCUGACUGAAUUGAAAUUUGAUCAUUUCGUCGCCGUCAUCUUGGGGUACGCUACUAUGGCAUUCGGUGAGGCGAAUAUGCGGCGGAAAAUGGCUUUUUACCGGGUGCUUGCUGGCAAUCGCUUCCUGAAGGCCGGCCUUUCGCAUUUGGCCACGACCGCCUACAUCUCUGCACUGCCCUGCUAUUUUGAAAGAAAUUGGGACUAUGCUGAGGAUCAUCUGGCAAAAAGUGUGGCAAAGGAUGGGCGUGACGGGAAAGUGGCGCUCGCCUGCGCUACGCGCCUAUUGCGACCUGCUGAUCACCAGAACGCUCAGCAGCAAUCCGAACAUUUUGCCAUUUUCGCAGGACUCGUUAAGACUUUCGGCCUCGACGCCCAAGAAAGAAUCCAGUUGCAACUCCCUUUAAUCGACGUCCAAUCAACGACCGUGAUUUGCGGAGAACGUCCGAGCAGUGCUGAUGUGACGGCAGAGUUGGCUAGGAGCAGUCGUGAUGAUCCGGAAGAACACCCAUGGGAUGAUAUCCAACGUGCCGCCUUCUACACGCUGGCCGGGCCCUCAUCGGCUUUUCGAUCGUUGUGUGUCGUGUCAAACCAUAUGACGGAUAACACAUUGACAAGAUACACUCCUGCCGGCGAGCGUUUCCGUGUGAUAUUGAACGUCAAGAAUCCACUAGGAACGCCAUUGACGGUGCGAAAACUACGACUUGGCGUUAGCGACGUCGAAUUCCACGAAGGCAUCCCACCAGCUCUGAACCCAUUCCUAGAAUGCCACACUGUUGAUGAAGUCAAUCUACAGCCAUCGGGCAGCACAACUGUGGAGCUGUGGCUGAGACCGUUGUUCGAAUUGGCCUCAUUCCGUGUCAGUGAGGUACAGCUCGAUCUUGACGCCGGCGAUGGGCAGACGAUGGUCAAGGCUCGGAUACCGCUCGUGCUCAAGGGCCCCCGAUUGAACAAAACGCUUGAACAUAGAUCAGCAGUUACAUACGCCAACGAUUAUCGCCUUUCACCGAAAGUAUCUCGGACAAGCUGGCCCUUGCUGGACGUCCAGAUGGAACGGCCUUUCCCCGAAUUCGUUUACUGCGGGCAGGCCCUCAGAAUAUCUUUUAAGUUGGAAAACAUUUCGGAUGAGCCGAUAUCGGGGGUGGCCAUGUCGACCGACGGGACGGACUCUGUCACUGGAGGGCUUUUCGAUGAGAACGGCGCCAAGCAAUACCAGGGCCCGCAGCGCUCCGAUAACAAUGGAGAUGUGCGGGUCAUUCCGCUGCCCGGCCUCGCGCUGGCCAAGGGUCAAUCAAGACGUAUUUUCGUCGAUAUUCGCGUGCCCCAAGAGCCUUCGAACACCACCACGGCACUGCUGUUGUUCUACCGCGGCAGCAACGGGGCGUUUCGCGAGCAGCGCAUUUUGGUUCCGCUCCGGUGCAAGACGCUCUUUGCCGCACAAGCCAUACUUCUCGCCCCAGCGUAUGGUCUACUGACGCUCGAGAUGAGGAAUACGAUGGGUGCUUCAGAUGCGGCCCUUGCCAGGAUCGAAAUUGGACGAAUAUCUGCACAUCUGGUCCAACUCAACGGCUCAGGUAGCUUGACGGAAAGCCCUAAUGCUCUCUCGCUACGCCCGGUUCGAAUGCGUGGCUCCCAACUUGACUCGGGUCAAGCCGACUCGUUGCCAGUGAAUGUGACUGGUUCUCAGGCGGGCUAUGGGUCGGCUCUUUGGCUAUCACAAGAGUUCGCCGAUUGUCCUUCGUUCCCGUUGCCUCGGUGGUUUCUUGCUAAUAGCCCGUCCUACCGGCCAUCCCUCCUCAUUGCGAUUUUGUGGAAAGCGUCAGUGGUCGACAACCAGGGACAAGUAAUUUCGCUGAUUGGCGAGACUCUCGUGGCUGAUCCGUUCGCUCGAGCCAAUCUUCGUGUGCCGGGUAUCCAAUGGCCACUCGAAGAUACGGCGCCUGACCGACCACCUGGGGUUUAUAUUACGGUGGCAUCUGUGGCCAAGGUCGAGCAUGACUUUGAGAGGAACAGGUUGUGCCAAUUCCCGGUCGACAUCCGCGUCCACAACGAUGAGAAUGAAUGUAUCGGAGUGUAUUUCAAGUUUUUGCCAAAGUACAAUAUGCCACUGACGCCGCCUCUUCCACUCGACUCUCGACAGCAGUGGUGGCUGAACUUUGAACAAUGGGAUGUGCCAAACGUGGCCUCGCACACCGUCGAGACGACUCGUGUCUAUGUGCGCGUCGGCCAGCCCAGUGUUUUUGACAUUUUGGGCAACCAAUUGCAGGCGAUCGCGAAGCUGUCAACGGGGGUCGAAUACCCCGUGUCCGUCCCCGUCGUCCAUGCCAUGGUCACAGGGAUUCUGAAU